AUGUGCAAGGCAUUUCUCCGCAUGCCCCCACACUUAGGCCUAUGGCUCAAGACCUUCAAAGUGAAGCCAAAGGUGGUCGACGGGGAGCACGCCGAUAGCGGCGACGCCAUGGUGAGCAAGCUUCCCCACACUACCUGGCCUCAAGGGGCCUUUGUGGAUAUUGUCAAGACAUGGCAGCAGGAGUGGUUCUAUAUCACUGAACCCCGCGGCACCAAGUGGGCGGCCACCCCUGCAUUCAAAUCCGGAUCCCCGCUGCAGCUCGCGUCGUGGACCAACAAGGGUCUAGACUGGGGAUCGUCUGAUGAGGUGUUGAUGCUACAAAAGUGCAUCAAAAGUAUCAUAGAUAAGAACAUCUGCCUCACUAACGUGAUCCAGGUGCCGGUGAAGAAGGACAACAAGAAAAAGAAUAAGGAGGCCGAAAGUGACCUCCGCCACGAAGGCACUUUAGAUGCUCUGUCCGGAGGGACUGAGGCUCCCUCCUCUCAUGAGGGAGAUGAAGACGAGGACGAGGAGGAGGAGGAGGAGGAAGAAGAUGAUCCUCCUCUCAAAGGGAAAAAGAGGGCGCAAUCCGCAGAUCCGGAGGCAGGGGCGUCCAAGAGGGGAAAGUUAUCCCUCUCGGAUGAUUCGGACUCGGGCGCCAAAGCUAUCCCCAAGCCCCGCUCCCGGGCCAAGCCCCCUGCCGAAUCUCCGGCCCGCGAUCUUCCUCAACAAUCCUCCUCAUCAGGCGAUUUGCCGCCGGAGAUGAUGGAGAGCGAGACGCCUCCACAAGCUUCCUCGCCCCCUAGGGUGGAUGACCUUGAGGUGUCAUCCCAGAGGAUUUCUCCGGAUCGCCAAGAGGUGCGGGGGACCAUCAAGACGGCGCCAGAGGGUAACACCUCUCCUGUCAAGGGUACGGGGGGCACGACCCCCGUAGGAACUGGUGAUGGGGGCCCUGGAUUGUCCGGCCCCCAGCCGAAUACUGUUCCGGAGACGACCCCGGAGUCGACAGCGACCACCCAGGCCGCGGAAGUUUCCGAACUAAAGCAGAAACUGAAGCUAGCUGAUGAGGACAUUGUCCUUAUGAACAAGCGGCUUGACGAGGCGCAAGAUGGUGCUGCUGCGGUCGAGACCCUCAGGGGUGAACUUGCCCAGGCCAAGGAGCAGGCCAGGGUGAGCAGUGCGGCCGCUGAUAAAGCGGCUGCAGAUUUGAAGGCUUUUUGCAGUAGCGAUUAG